UGGUCAUCGUGCUGCACCUGCGCGCGCGCCAGGUUAAUGAGUGACGCUGGGUUACACCGCUUGCUUUAAAGGAAAAACGGCACAGUUUCAGAAUCAACGCACAAACGAAAGCGGUCGUGGCGGUUUUAAGUCAUCAAACGUUUGAUAAAGGAUACAGCUCGUCAGCGACAUAAUAGUGAAAGAUUUUCUCUUUUAAAUGAUAUACAUCAACAUAAAAAUACAUUCCCUUCGUGAUUAUUUUCUCUCCGCUGAAGGCCUGAGAUGGACCGUUACAGGUAUUUCAUCUUCAAUCAGAAGAGUGUGGUGGUCCUCGGCAUCCUUCAGGUGGCGUGCGCGGGGCUUUGCGUGGUUUGCGGCUUUAUGGAUGCAGUCUUCCGCAAGAGCACUACUCUGAGUGAAACUAGAGCUCCACUCUGGGCUGGACUGAUUAUGGCUGCCCCUGGUGUGCUUGCUCUCUUUGCAUCCCAGAAGAAAAACCCAAUUUUGGUAAAUGUCAUGAUCGUAUCAUCUGUGAUGUCGCUUUUUGCUGUUGUGAUUGUCUUCAUUUAUGCUUGCGUCACUCUCAGCUAUGGAGAAGAGGAUGAUGAGAUCUUCCAUGCCCAUCCUAUCCCUGAAGUGAGGUUUGUCCUCAGCCGGAUGGUGAAAGGAGCAAACAGCACCCUUCUGGUGGCCUGCAUGGGGUCCUUGCUCUUUUCUUCUCUCAUUGCAUAUGUUGGCUGCCACAGUCUGCCGCUUUGCGGCUGCUACGACUCAGCAAAUGGCAUGGAGUUUUUAGUUCCUCAGAAUGACCCUGUUACUCCAACUGAACUUGUAUGCUCUUGGCAAGAUGGAGAUGAGCGAAUCUUUAGCUCCCCCAUGUCAUUCAUGGAUCACUGUCCUGAACAGGAACAACAAGACCUUUCCAUGCUUCCACCAUAUAGCAGACUAGCAUAGUAAUUGAUUAUUUUUUAUGUGUGUGUGUCUGGGGAAAAUAUGAAAUAUUGGGAAAUAUAGUUCAUUAAUUUUCCCCAUAAAGAUUUCAUCAAGCCUGCUUGUUUCAAAUCAACUUAAAUUUGUUUCUUGAUGUUUAAGUUAUUAUCAGUGCCAUAUUUUAUAUUAUCUUUCAGUGUGUUUUUUUCUUAAUGCAUG